UUCCUAUGUUCCGAAAUCGUGCCAUGUUCUAGGAAUGUACUUCCCAUGUUAGGGAAGUUCACUUGAUGGCUUACUAAUAUACACGCCCUUGCAAUGUUAGGCCUAUGUAAGCGCCUCGCACAAUCCGGGUUGUCCGCAGUGGGAGCCGGCGGUGAACGCGACUUUUCGACGCCACCAGUUGGCAUGUGGUGGCGGGAGGAGGAAUGUCCAGAUACGGCUAGACGGCUGUGGCGUGAAGAGGCCGACAGCUUCUUCGGCAUCCGGAUAUGGACGCACCUUGGCAGGAUAUGGGCGCCUGUUCGGACCGGCGUGAAGAGCGAUCGCCUUUCGACUCGGAGCGCGUCAACUGUGGCGGCCCAUGGCGUCAGCGUGCUCCCGUCACCCAGUGCCUGUUCCUGGCUCGGUCAGCCCGCCUUCGCAGAGCCACUGGGGCCCGAGCGGCAGCGGUGCGGGGCCGAGCGAGACGACGAGCAGUGUCUACUGUAUGACCAGCACGCGAGACGGGGCAGCGAGGACCGCUGCGGCCAGGAUCGCUCGCGAACAAGCUGGGUGAUGGCGGCAUAUGGAGGAGGAAGGGACGCGUCUGAUUGGCUCCCGACAGCGCGGCCCUGGAUGCGGUUAGGCCCGGACAUGCUGGCAACCGCGCCUCUGCACGAACGUGUUGCGUGUCGCCGCUCGCGGACAACACUCGACUGCUGGUCGACUCAGCCACCGCGUCGCCCGGGCGGACUACUUUAUGCUCCUCUAACUGCCCCUCCUGCCCGCUCCUUUCGUCGCUGCUCGCGCCCCGCCCUCCGACGGCAGUCCUCGCAGCUCCUGUGUCGCAAUCAGCGUGUGUCGUUUUAGACUGCCUCGUAUAUUUAGAGCCAUAGAGGGGCACCCCAUCGCUCCAAGCCGUGCAAGCCGCCCCGACGAGUAGAAGAGUAUAGACUCCCCGCCCCCGCCGCUCGCGCCCCGUGUCCAGUUCUCCUCCCGACCUGCGUGGUGGUCCCCCGUCUGAUUGCGCGCGACGAGAAGCAGGAAGGCGAGAUCUGCUGGGGCCUCUAUCUCUGUUGUCUAUCUUCUUGCGCACCUGCCAGCUAUCUGCCACGGCCCCAAUCACACCGCCAGCCUCCGCCCGAACACACGGGCUGACAGAUCCCCUCGCUGCCUUUCUCGUCUUUUCUCA